AGGCUUCUAUCAAUUUGACAGAUGCCUUUUUAAAAAAUCCUCAAACAUGCAUUUAUACUAAUUUAUAUAUUCUUAUUUAAAAUUCUUGUUAAAUUUGUUAAUUCAGAACAACUGUCUGCAUAAACUUUCAUAAAAUGAUUCCAUUAACACAUAGAGACUCUAGGAGUAUAAGUUCUCGUAUUAAGGAAAAAAUUUCAGGAUGGAUGAGGCUUAUAUUUUCAGAUAGAAAUUCACGUAAUCUAUUUCUAUUUUUGUUGCUGAAUUUUUCAUUUGCUUUCGUUGAACUGUUGUAUGGUGUAUGGACAAACAGUCUUGGAUUAAUAUCGGAUUCGUUUCACAUGUUUUUUGAUUGCACCGGCUUGUUAGCUGGUCUUGGAGCAUCUGUUAUUACUAAAUGGAGAGCAAAUGAAAAAUUUUCAUACGGUUAUGUCCGUGCUGAAGUCUUGGCCGGCUUUGUGAACGGACUGUUUUUAUUGUUCAUUGCUUUCUUCAUUAUGUCUGAAGCUGUCGAACGAGCCAUAGAACCUCCAGAGGUGAAACACGACAGGCUCUUUGUUGUAUCCGUUUUGGGUUUCAUUGUCAAUCUAAUCGGAAUAUAUGCCUUCCAACAUGGCCAUGGGCAUUCUCAUGGCGGUGGUGCAUCCCAUGGUCACUCUCAUGGUGGCCACAUAGCAAAUGGUGGUGUCAAUCAUGGACAUUCGCAUGAUCAUGAGAUUCCAACUGAUCUCACGAGUGGUAAUUCACAGAUUAUGAAGGGUGUAUUUUUGCAUAUUCUUGCUGACACUCUGGGAUCAUUUGGUGUUAUUGUAUCGGCAGUUUUGAUGCAGAUGUUCGGCUGGAUGAGAGCAGAUCCAAUUUGCUCAAUGUUUAUAGCAAUCCUGAUAGCUCUCAGCGUCUUGCCCCUGAUCAAAGAAUCAGUCCUAGUCCUGAUGCAAAGGCAGCCCUCAGCCCUGGACAAUCUCUUGCCCCAAUGCUAUCAAAAAGUAACUGGCCUAGCCGGUGUGUACUCUGUGCAGGAUCCACAUUUCUGGACACUGUGUAGUGAUGUCUAUAUAGGUGCAAUUAAAUUAGAAGUAUCGAAAAACGUCGAUCCUAAAUACGUAGUUAACCACACGCAGAUGAUUUUUGCUUCUGUGGGCGUCAGGCAGCUUUAUGUACAGUUGGAUUAUACAUCGAUGUGAUAUCAGAAGUAUUCUUAGGCUGUUUUCUUUUUUAUAUUUUUAUAUAGUGAAAUUAAUAUAAUGAAAAUGGAUUCGUGGCUCAAAAACGAGCUCAAAGACAAUGUGCUGUGAGUAUGAUCAAAUGUCACAAAUGGGAAAAGGACAGCGCUGGUGUGGUGAAGAUAAAAGUUAAGUUUUUAUAUAAAUUUUGCAAGAUAGCCAGGAUGCGUGUAGUUGUAAAAUUAAUUAGUGUAAAAUUUUAAAUAAUUUUAUCUUUAUUACAUAUUAUCACAUAUACCAAGUACUGUAAAGUAAUAGACUUUAGUAAUAGGAUCUCAAAAUUUACUUAACCUACAAUAAUACCCCGCUUAAUUCUGGGGUUUCAUCAAAGAAUUUCUUCAUAAUUUUCAAUAUCAAGAACGAGCAUAAGAGAGUGUUGUCAUGACAAUGCUAUUUUAUGAGCUUUGUUUGAAUUACCCAUUAAAUUAUGAACCCUUGUUGUUGCUAUACACUAGUACGAUUACAAUAACAUUAAAAUUUUAUUCAUGGAAGUUAUUAUAUUAAACAAACAACUUUGCGUUAAUAUUUUUUUAAACAAAACACAGUA